AUGGGCCAAAGUGGAUCAAGAAAAGCAACAAAAUCAACCAACUCCGGUUAUAGACCAUCACGUUCUGCUCCUUCACUUCUAGGAAGACAAGAAGUACUUUUAACUUUUGAUACAGAAUUUCAUUCCUUCUCUCAAGAUAGUUUAGAACAAGUUUCUCAACUUGAUCCGAAAGAUGCUGCCACUCGAAUUUUUAGAUUUAAACAUUUAACAGACAAAAUGACGAUAAAAUCAGUGAGUUCCGGAAAGAGCUUUGCUGCUCUCCUUGCAAAUGAUGGAAGAUUAUUUGUUUGUGGAAAGUGUCCAUUCCCAACCACUGGACCAGAAACAACCUCCAUAACCGAUACAACCGAUGAAAACCUUACACGUAUUUCAAUUGAACUUUCUAAUAAGCAAGUUGUGGAUAAAUUUUCGAAUAUUGCUUGUGGAAUGUAUUUCAUGAUGGCUAUGAGUGAUGAUCGUUCAAAUAUCUUCUCUGCAGGGCAGAAUGAAUGUGGUCAGAGAGCAAUUGGUCGAGGAGGUUCUCUCAAUUUUAAAGAAUGUAUUUUUGAGACCACUGAAAUCAAAACCAAAUUACUGAGUGGAUUGGAAAAGAUUUCAUGUGGAUAUCAACAUGCUAUUGCCUAUUCGAAAGAUGGAAAUCUGUAUGGAACUGGAUGUUCCUUUCAAAAUCAAUUGGGAACAAUAGAUAGUGGAAUUUGUUACGAGUUUAGGAAAAUAUCGAGACCAAAAACUGAUAAUCAAAUAAUUGAUGUACAAGCUGGAUUUUUCUUUAGUGUUUGUUUGGAUUCUGAAGGAAUGGUCUAUGUGACAGGAAUAAGAGCUCACUCAAAUAUGAUUGAUGCUCAAGAAUGGACGAAAAUGAAUACCUUCAUCAAUCAUCCAGUUUCUUCCAUGUGGAUUUCAUGUUCCAACGCUUUCUUCCUAACUCAAGAUGGACAAGUCUAUCACAAUUUGAAUCUAACCUCAGAGAUGGCCAAUGAUGAAAAUCUCAUUACUCUUCCAAUACCUUCAGUCAAAUCUAUUUAUGGUAAAGAAUCUUACAUGGCAGUCGAUCAGUGGAAUACAAUCCAUGUGUCAGCUUCGAAUGGUUCUCAAGGAGUUUCAAACACAUCGAAAAAUUGGUUUGAACACGAAGGUAUGCGAAGACUCAUCGGAAGCAAGGAUGAAUUGCAAAUUCUUGAUGCCUUUACUUUUUGUAUUUUCAUCAAAUCAUCCAAUGAGGGAGUAUUGAAGAAUAACUUGUGUACUAUUCUCAAAAAACAAUUCAAUAGUGAUUUGCAUGAAAAGUCGUACUUGUAUGAUAUCCGAUUUACAUCCAUGCAUUAAAUUAUCGAUAAUAAUAAUUAAAAUUUCAUCCUUUUU